AUUUAGAUAACUCCUCUACAGUCUCCGGUGAAGCAAGUGUUUCAAUCUCAUCUACCGGAAACCAAAACCCACUUAUUAACUCCACCGGAAAGAAGAAACGUAACCUCCCCGGCAUGCCUGAUCCAGAGUCUGAAGUGAUAGCUUUAUCACCAAAAACUCUACUAGCUACGAACAGAUUCGUUUGUGAAAUCUGUAACAAAGGGUUUCAAAGAGACCAGAACUUACAGCUUCACCGUCGUGGUCACAAUUUACCGUGGAAGCUUAGACAGAAGUCGAGUAAAGAAGUGAGGAAAAAAGUCUACGUUUGUCCUGAAGUUAGUUGUGUCCAUCACGAACCUUCACGUGCUUUAGGAGAUCUAACUGGAAUCAAGAAACACUUUUGUCGGAAACACGGUGAGAAGAAGUGGAAAUGUGAUAAAUGUUCCAAGAAGUAUGCUGUUCAGUCUGAUUGGAAAGCUCACUCCAAGAUUUGUGGUACUAAAGAGUAUAAAUGUGAUUGUGGUACUCUCUUUUCUAGGAGGGAUAGUUUUAUAACGCAUAGAGCUUUUUGUGAUGCUUUGGCUGAAGAGAGUGCGAGAAGUAAUAAUCAUAGUCAGAGUAAGAAACAGAGUCCAGAAAUUUCGACCCGGAAAAAACCGGUACGCGACCCGAUUCCUGCUCCGGUGGAUACUGAAUCUGCUAAAGUCAAAUCUUCAUCGACUUUAACCAUUAAGCAAUCAGAGUCUCCAAAACCCCCUCCUGAUAUCGUUCAAGAAGUUCCAAAACCGACCGGUUUAAAUGUUACACGCAACGGUGUUUUCGCUGGCUUAUUUGAAUCUUCCACGGCUUCUCCAAGUAUAUAUACAACAUCUUCUUCUUCAAAGAGUCUAUUUGCGCCAUCUUCGUCCAUCGAACCUACAUCUUUGGGUCUCUCAACAGGUCAUGGAUCAUCGUUUCUCGGGUUAAAUCGGUUCCAAGCUCAGCCCGCGAUGUCAGCAACCGCUUUACUUCAAAAAGCAGCUCAAUUGGGAGCAGCUUCUUCAGGUGGUUCAUUGCUUCGUGGAUUAGGGAUAAUUUCAUCAAGUUCAUCUUCUAUGGACGCAAUAGUUCCUCAUGGACUAGGAUUAGGACUGCCUUGCGGAGGCGAAAGCAGCUCGGGUUUGAAAGAGCUCAUGAUGUGGAAUUCAUCCGUGUUUUGUCCGAAACAAACGACACUAGACUUUCUCGGAUUAGGUAGAGCGGUUGGUAAUGGAAAUGGUCCAAUCAAUGGACUAUCCGCUCUAGUUGGAGGAAGCAGCGGCAUUGACAUGGCGACGGCAUUUGAAUCAGGAGAGUUUUCUUCAGGGAAAGACAUUAGUAGAAGAAAAUCAUAAGUAGAGUAAAUCAAUAUGUUUGAGAAAUUGUGGGGGUUUUUAGAUGUUCUUGUUCAAUAGUUGAAACUUCCCUUUGAAAGAAAGGGUUUCGAUAUUUAAUAUAUAUUGCAAUCAAUUAAU